AUGAUUAGUAUUGUGCAGAUUGAGGUAAUUGUAAGAAAGGAUGAAUUGCAACACGUUGCUCACUUGUGCAAGUUGGAGAUAGACUCAAUGGGACGAAUAGCUGUUGGGAUCCUGCGGCUGCUCAACCUUGAUAGAUCGUUUGGUCAGGCAGCACUUGAUCAAUUAAGCCGUCUUGGAAGUGAGGGUCUUGAAGAAAUAUUCUCUCCAAGAAACCAGAACACUCCUAACAAACGCCCUAGCGUUGACUGUGGUCAAUCUUCUCUUGCACCACCGGAUAACCCUUCUUCUUCCUUGAAUAUAACAUUAGCCUCACUUGAGGCAGCAUUGUCAGAUUCACAGUCCAAUUGCGCCACCCUUUCUGCUAGAUUAGACACUUCCGAUUCUUCCAAUCCCCAUGUUCAUAAUGUACAAGAACUAACGCAAAAACUAGAGAGUAUGCAUACUUUAUUGAUGAAGUUGCGCUCUCAAUUAUAA